AUGUCAUCAGACUACGAGAGAACGAUCCUGGAUUUUUAUCAGCUUCCAAACCCGUACCCGGACGAAUGGCCAGCCGAGAAGAACCACAGUGACGCAUCCGACGAUGAAGAUGAGGCCAAGGACGAGAAGAAGGCGAAGCUGCAGCGCCGGAAAUCGCGAUACCAGGCGCUCGAGAGAGCCGUAAGCGAUCGGCGCAGCAUCAUUCCCGGGGCUCAGUCGGACAAGGGAGGUGUCGCCAACAUCGUCCAGCGCGACGAGCCCGAUCCCUUGGGCACCACCGACAGCGUGGUUAGGACUCUCCGCCAGCUGGGAGUUCCCAUUCAAGACGACCCGCGCUUGCGGAACCGAUUCCUCCUGUCCUCCACCACCUUCUCCCCCGCCUUGUUUCUGUCCCAGAUGCACGCGACUGCCGACACCCAAAGCUUGCUGACCGGCCUGGACAUGCUGUCCCAGUCAAUUGAUCAAAAAUCCGCAUCACUCAAGGUUCUGGUGGAAACCAACUUUGAGCGUUUCGUCAAGGCCAAGGCCACCAUAGAUAAUGUGUACAAGGAGAUGAAGUAUCGCGGCGCUGAGCCGCCUCCGCCGCCAACGACGGGCCGUGCUCGAGCUCACUCCCGCCACGCCAGUCGAAGCAGCUUUCGGGGCAGCACCAGCGGCAUGAACCUCGCCGCCUCCCUGGGAUCCCCCACCUCGGACGCCCGCAAGAAGAACGCCUUGGUCAAGGAAAGUGAAUAUGGCGUCUCGGGAAUCAAGGUACCGCUUCUGGACGUGUCCGCCAAAGCGGAAGAUGUGUGGGGUCCGGCACUGGGAGGACGUGAGAAGGAGGAGAAUCUCAAGAUUAUUUCGGCAAACCUGGACCAAUUCAAGGAAUAUGUUGAGCUAAGCUCUGCAAUCGCCGAGAGCAUCAAACGAAGAGACUAUGAGAGCCUUGUGGAGGAGUACAACAAGGCGCGCAAGUUCUCAGACGACGCAAAAGCACUGGCAGCCAACGUCUCUGCUGGCUCCUCGAGCGAAACAGACAUUUAUCAUAUCGUUUUGGCGGCACGCAUAUGGCACGAUGUGGAUGAGCAGAUUCAGGCCUUCAAGCGGGAUGUGUGGCGGAAGCUCGUCACGCUCCACGGCGUUUCCAAGGCCGACAACCUGGGCCAGCAAGACCAGCACAUGGAGCUGAUCAGUCUGCUCCUAGAGCUGGGCGUGGACGAUAAUCCAAUUUGGGUCUGGCUGCUUAGUCGAUACGACCACCUGAAGGGGAAGAUUCAAUCGACGUCAGACCGCUCCAAGGUCGAGGUGGAAGUGUUGCGGCGACGCCUGGCCAACGCUGACAAGCCCGGCCCCCACGCGGUUGCAUCGCAUCUACGGUCUCUGGGCCGUGCCACCGUGGAGAACAAGAUAGCAUCGGCCGACUCCGCCGACGUCAUAGAGCUGUGGGAGAAGAUGCUGGCUUUCUUGUCCAGUAUCCUGUCCGCAAAUGGUAUUCUGGGAGAGGUGGUGGAUUUCUGGCAGACGGUACAGGGCUUCCUGGACGGCAAAAUCCAGCGCACGCUGCCUUUGGGUUACAAUGGGGAGUCGCAGACCCAUCACCAGCUGCCAGAGGAGCGCGCUGGGGACUUGCAAAAGGGCACGUUGGAGCUCGUUGACAUGAUCCGCGAGACCGUCUUUGCCUUUUUCGCAGGCCCACCACCCGAAGAUAUCUCCCUACUAUUCUCGCCCCUCCCCUUGUCGCCCAAGAGCCCACCCUCUGCGGGAGCUGGAAACCUCACACCCACCGGACUUUUAGAUCCUCGCCUCAAUCUCGACCCCAACAAUAUUCCUCCCCCUUCGCCCAAGCGCGGCGAGACGUGGGAGAAGCUGGCCUUCUGGCCUCCGUGGUCAAACUCCGUCAGUGGUGUCCACUACCUCUCCAAGAUGCUCGCCCUGGUGGGUUCAGGAGCGUCCGACUUGGCGAGCAUCGGCCCGGUCGCCAAUGGAUCGGACGCCGGCGUCCUGGACAGGCUCAAGGCGCUCGUCAACAUUUCCAGGGAGCGAUGCGUCACUGCUCUUUGCGCAGCAUGGAAUAAGGACGCCGAGAAUAUCAAGUUCGUCGAGGACUGGUAUCGGUCACCAGAACUCGGCGACCUCACCCGCAUGCCCUCGAGCUUUUCCGCCUUUGAAGGUGCGUUGCUUACCGGCAUGCAGAAGAUUCUGUACAUAUCCGAAGCCAUGUCCAAGCCUGGUGCGGGGGAUAUUGUCCUCCCACCGCCUAGUAAACUCUUGCAGAUGGUCAGAAGCCAGUACGUCACGACGCUCUAUAAGGCGUUGAGCGGCAUGGUGGAGAACGCCGAGCGAUCUGUCAAGAAGGCUGACGACGAUUGGACGACGGAAAUGGAUGGAACCAUUGUCGCCUCCGCCGCGCCCGCUCCCAGCGGCGGAAGAGCGACACUCGACGCGGGUGACAGGAAUGUUCGCAUGCUCCUCACCCUCAGCAACCUGCAGUCACUCCGAGCCAAGGUCGUCCCGAGUCUCAAUUCGCAGUUUGAGAACGCGUUCUCGGUCAAGCUCAGCGACGAAUCCAAAACGAUCAAGGAUGUUCUGGGCCAGAUUGACGCUAGGCUCUUCCAAUCUUACACCCGCCCAUCCAUCGACGAGUUGCGGAACAUUGUCAGAGCCGGUGUUACCUCGCCCGAUUGGAUUCCCGAGACGGGCCAGAAACCGCGCGAAGCCAGGCCCUACGUCUACGAGGCUCUCCUCAGUCUUGUGCUCGUCCACACCCAAGUUUCCACCACGGCGCCGACGCUCAUUUCGCAAGUGCUCUCGUAUCUCCUCGAACAAACUAGCCGAGAGCUCCUCGAGGCGUUCCGCACGCGACAGAGGUAUACGCUCGAGGCGCUGAUGCAAGCUACCCUGGACGUCGAGUUCGUCGCCCAGACGCUCAGCCAGUACACCACCGACCGCGCCUCUGCACUCCAGAGCGAGAUCUACCAGGAGCUCGACGGGCGCACGGACAACGACGCCCGCGCGCGCCUGCAGAGCGAGCUUCCUGAGAUGAGGAGCGUGUUGAAGCGGUUGCGUGAGGCGAGCAAGAACGAGUUUACGUGCUUUAGGAAGAUCAAGCGGCCCGGCGUGGGACCUACGAGGACUGGUACGGGAGAUUCUGCGGCUAGUAUCAAGGGCUAG